CACCCAGCAAUCACAUGUACAUGUGAUCAGGGAACUCUUUCUUUGGUCGCUGCUGUUGCUCUGUCUUUCUAAUCUUCCAGCCUGCAAAAUGAGCGAGCCUCCCCCUCCAGCAUACGACCCUGGAUAUGCCCAGCAGCAGCAGCAGCCUCCUCCACCACAAGGUUAUGGUCAACCCCCUGACCAAAGCUAUGGCCAGCCUCCUCCCCAGGGCUAUGGCCAGCCUCCUCCCCAGGGCUAUGGCCAGCCCCCUCCCCAGGGCUAUGCCCAACAGGGCUACCCUCCGGCCUCGUACCAGCCUAUAGUGCAGCAACAGCAGACGAACCAGACUGUCGUGGUGACCCAAGCUCCGGCAGCUGUCACUACUCAAUAUGUUGUGAAGAAUCAGACCAACCAUCUUCUUCACUUCAUCAUCUGCCUGAUCUGCCCAUGGUGGAUCUUUGUGUGGAUUUGCGUCUGCAUCUGCAGUUAAUUGGCAACCGAGUAUAGUGAGCCUGAACUGACUUUGUACCAUUUAUUUUGUACCGUAUAAUUAAAAUUCGAACAACAUUUCCUAGUUCACAGACUUCCUAAAAUUAAUGUGCACGUUAAGUGAUUUUUGCACUAUCAGUUCUGUUUUCAGUUCUGUGCCGUUGUAGUGAUUUGCUUGUGCUUUUGCUUGUA